AUGAGCAGUGUGCCCUGGCGUGGACGUCAGGACGGCUGCGCCCUGCGCGGGGGAGGCCUGGGCUUUAACGGCGGCUCUGGCUCUGAUUCAGUUUCUGCUCCUGCAUCCCCUGGAACACCGCAGUGGUGGCUCAAGCAGCUGGUUCCCUGCCACGCGGAGGGUCCCUGCAGACAUCCCCGAAUCGGGACCGAGUUGCCAACUGCCAUCAGAGGCCAAACCAUCCUUCGUAGCAUCAUAGGACACAUUGAUCUAAAAAUACAAGCUCUACCUUUUCACCUUGUUGCCAAGUCCAUCGUCAGGGCAUACGUUCGAUGUGACCUCAUGCGUCCAUUGUUGCUGUAUUUGUACUUCUGUGGUCUUCUGCAGCAAGUCUUUGCCUGGGCCAGUGCCUUGCAGUGUUUCCCUUAUGUUUUUCUCUGUUGGUGUAAUGGCGUUGGAUCGCAAAUUGAGCUACAUGAUCCACUGGGCGCUGAAGCUUGUGAAGAGUGGUUACCAGGCAACCAUGUUGUCCCGGUAACCAAGGAAACGCCUCGCGCAGGGGCCCGCCCAGAGGGAGGGGAAGAGGAAGAAGCUGAGAUCUCGCGAGAGUUGUCUGAGGCCGUCGGGAAGCGUCUAGAGGUUGCCCCGGAGAUGGCCGCGACCAGGGGCGCAGGCGAGGCGCCCAUGGCGGCUCCUGAGGAGAUGCCCACGUCCAGUUUGCAGGGCCUUGAUGAAGCCUUGGGCGUGGGUUUGACCCCCGCCGAGAACGCUUACUACCUGGAGCGUAUCCUUCCUUAUGUACUAUUUAUCUUCAUAAAUGCAGAGGUCACCAUAACUGAAGCAUCUGAAGAUGAGUAUGAAUAUGAAGAGAUACCAGAUAACAAUUUUAGUAUUCCAGAAAGUGAAGAAGAUCUUGCAAAAGCUAUUCAGGUGGUCCAAGAACAAGCUACUGAUACUCAAAUUUUGGAACAGAAGACAGUUCUUCCUUCGCGGGAGGCAGCACAUGAAGUAAUAGAAGACUUUCUCUGUAAUUUCCUGAUCAAAAUGGGAAUGACAAGAACUCUGGAUUGCUUUCAGUCCGAAUGGUAUGAGUUAAUACAGAAAGGAAUAACUGAACUUAGAGCUUCUGCGAAUGUUCCAGAUGUCUACAGCCAAGUUAUGCUUUUAGAAAAUGAAAACAAAAAUUUAAGGAAAGACGUGAAACACUACAAACAAGCAGCUGACAAGGCUAGAGAAGAACUGUUGAAAACUCAGAAAGAACGUGACUUUCAUCGUUUACAUCACAAGCGAAUAGUCCAGGAAAAAAACAAAUUAAUUAAUGACCUCAAAGGAUUGAAGCUACAUUAUGCCUCUUACGAACCAACAAUAAGAGUGCUGCACGAGAAGCACCACAUUUUACUGAAGGAGAAGAUGCUGACCUCUUUGGAGAGAGACAGAGCAAUCGGACAGGUUUCUGGACUUCAAGAAGCAUUGAAGAACAUAGAUACAGGACAUAUUUGUCAUGUUCCUGAAAUUAAAGGAGAGUGGGAGACCAGUAUUGCAAAUGAAAGCAUAGAUAAUAUUCGUCACAAUUAUGAAAAAGAAAAUACACCAGAGGGUCCUACUCAGAAAGGUCUUCGUGAAGCCAGGGAACAAAGCAAAAGUAAAACAAAGAAGAAAGACAAUAAAAAGGAUUCAGAAUUUCCCACCAAUAUGCAACCAGAGCCAAACCUGAAUUUAAAUAAAGAAGAUCUUCAUCCAGUGAAAUUUAACUACAAGCUGAGUAACAUUUUUAGACUUCAUGAACUUCCAGUGAGCCGUAUUGCAGUGCACCCCCAUGAUGACAUCUUUGUCACUUGUGGUGAAGAUCGCCUCUGGAAGAUAGUGGGCAUUCCGAAAGGCAAUGUGAUUCUCACAGGACUGGGCCACAUUGAUUGGCUUUCUGAUUGCUGCUUCCACCCCAGCGGCAAAAAGUUGGCUACAUCAAGUGGUGACUCUACGGUUAAAUUAUGGGACCUCUAUAAAGGCGAUUGCAUUUUGAGCUUUGAAGGACACAACCAUGCAGUAUGGUCCUGUGCAUGGCACUCUUGUGGUGAUUUUGUGGCUUCAUCCUCGAUGGAUACAACCAGCAAAAUCUGGGAUGUUAACAGUGAGCAAUGCAGAGGCACUUUGUACGGACACACCGAUUCUGUGAACAGCAUUGAAUUUUUCCCUUUCUCCAACACUCUUCUUACAGCUUCUGCAGACAAGACCAUGUCGGUAUGGGAUGCAAGGACGGGUAAAUGUGAGCAGUCACUAUAUGGUCACUUGCAUUCCAUUAAUGAUGCCACCUUCUCUCCUGUGGGUCAUUUGAUAGCAUCCUGUGAUGCCUGUGGGGUUAUGAAGCUAUGGGACUUUCGGAAGCUCUCACCCAUCGUGUCCAUUGACAUUGGCCCAAGUCCUGGUAAUGAGGUGAACUUUGAUCCAUCAGGUCGAGUUUUAGCCCAGGCGAGUGGCAAUGGAGUUAUCCAUCUGCUAGAUCUUAAAUCUGGACAGAUUUACAAAUUGAUGGGCCACGAGAGUGAGGUGCAAACAGUCGCCUUCUCCAACAACAGUGAGAGACUGUUUUCUGGAGGCUCUGAUGGCACAGUUCGAGCUUGGUCUUGAACGUCAGCGUGUCUUGUUGCGGAGGGCAUUCCCUCUGAAGCUUGAAAACAACUCCCACACCAGUAAAUAACUGGUUAAAUAUAGCAGCAGAUAACACUUGUACUUUCUGUAAAAACAUGCUUUGGACAUAUAUUUCAGUGUCCAUACUAUUUCCAAUAAAAAAUAACUUU